AUGGAUGCAGCAAAGUAUGGUCGUCCGGAGUCUGUGUCAAGUGCACAGCUCAUCAGCCAUCUCAUUGGACAAAUCACCUCGGAUACAGAUGACCGACAACCCAAGAGAACUCUGAUUGGACAGUUGUGUGUGCAUUAUUUUUGGCCUUGAUAUAAAAACACUGAUCCGGCUCUGCGCGAUACCCUUUGACCUCAUCGUAGAUUAAAGGGUUCCUGUGCUGAGAGUGACCGCUGACAGCUGAGUGUGACCAUCAUCCUUCAUCCAUUGCCCUCAACCUUCACAGUAUCACCACAUCACCUACACACACACAAUCACCACAUCUUCAUCGUUUUCUCAAAUUUCAUUCUACGUAUAAGAUUAUAUUAGGUUGUCUUAGAUUAGUUUACUUUACAUUAGGUGGUUUAGGUUUAGGUCAGUUUGACAAGCAUUUCUCUUGUUGUUCUCUCUUGUUUUUAACUUCUAUCAGCAGGAUGCCAAGGAAGUCGAGGCGGUCUGUGGUGUUGAAGCAGCGCUGGAGGAAGCUCAACCUGGAGGAGCUGAGGUCUUUCCCCACCCCCCCGGAGACAGUUGGAUCUUCACCCCCAGCCAAGCCUUUCUGGAGCCCGGAUGAUGUGCAAGCCGCGGUACCGGUUACUGCCAUCCGGUGGAGACGUGGCCAACUUCGAAGCUCUAAGUCUCCUGACAAGCAGUUUGUUCUGAUUGUCGGGGACUCCCAUCUCCGGGCCUUCGUGGACCGUUUCACCGAGAUGCCAGAAGGGAAGUUUUUCUUUUGGUAUCAUGUCGACCCCUGGGGCCCAUGCUGCUCAGCUGCGCACUGAGGUCCUACAUGCCAAGGUUCCUCAAGACCCUGAUGCUGUUUGUGUUCUUGCUCCUAGCAACAACCUGACUGCGAGCAGGACCGUCGACGAGGUAGCCGUCGACUACGCCCAAUUCCUCACUGCUGUGAGGAGCCGCUGGUCGGAGGUCUUUGUGGUGGACUCCCCCCCCCCCCACCUGAACGAGGAUGAGGAGCACCAGAGGGCCCUUUGCCACGCAUACCAUCGUGUGACAGCUCGCAUGGGUUUGAGGUACUUCUCUGCGGAGGAGUACUUCCCCCGUACGCGCUUGGAUCUGUGGAGCAGAGACGGCGUUCACCUGAGCGACCAUGAGGGGAUGGGGAUCCUCACCCAGCUGCUGUGGGCCUCCACGGAGCAGUUCCUCAAGACACCACCACCACCACCUCCCCCUCCCCCGGUGUCUGCUACUCCUUCACAGCCGCUUAGGAACGUUUCUCCUAAGCUGGUUUUGAAGGGAGAGCCGCAGGUUCCUGGUCCGGUCAGCGUGGCUCAGCAGCAGGAGAAGGAGUCCUUCCUUCCACUGAACCCACGGUGGUUCAGUAGCACGACACUUUCUGUUAUGGUGGAAGUGUCUCCUUCUCAGCUGUCUGACGUGGUGGACGUCCCAUCUCUUCCAGCGCGCAAGAAGGUGGCCUCCCCAGCGGCAGCCAGGCGUCAUAGGACCACGGAGAGACGCCCCCCCCCCCGCUACCAGUCUCCUGUGAACAACCAGGUUGGAUCCCCUCCAGCCAGGCUGUCACGGAGACUGGAGGACGACGGCCCCUCCAGCCCGGUUCCUCGGUCUAGGACCACGGAUGGAAACCCCCCCCCGCACCCAAACUUCAGUGACCAACCAGCUGGUUGGAUCCCCUCCAGUCAGGUUGUCCUGUAGUUUGGGUGAUCCGGCGACCCCCUGCUGUUCACCGGUUGUGAAGGUGGCCAGGAUGAAGACCCCUUCACCGGCUGGACCAUCCCAGACCAUUAAAGCUGUCUGUCACUCUCCUCGCCCAGUUAAGACCAUCAGGACACCAGUUCCCUCAUCGUCCUGCUGGCCCUGGAUUAUCGAUGACGGACUUGCCACCUCUCAUUCCCCUUCUAAAGAGUGUACCUGGAGCUGUGGUCUUCUCCGGGUGAGUAUAGCAUCCAAGUGUUUCUGAUUUCAGGUUGUUCUCCCUGGUUAGUUAGGGAGUGUGCCAGCUGGGUAGAGCAAUCUGUCCGUCCAUCUGUGUACUAUUUGUUAAUUUUCCUUUUUAUUUUCGAGGCAAUCCUGGGUGGAGAUAUGUUUCUCUGGUGGGGGCGAGCAUUUCAGGGCCUUGGUCAUAUGGCUGAGGUUUACUGAAGUUUUGCUUUAAAGAAGCCUCGAGCCCGGCACAUCUCACAAGAUAGUUAGGUUUAGUUUGGAGUUAGGCGGGUACCAGGGGGCUUGCUUGGAUAAUCAUUUUCACUCGCACCACUCGCAGCACUCACUGUGCUCACUAGUAAUUGAUGUCAUUUAUUUCAGGAUUUAGUCUUGUUUAGUCUUUUAGUGUGUUUAGUCUUAUGUAAUUGUUUUUCAUAUGUAUGUUGUUGCAGUGGCAUGUCUUGGCUGGAAAUAGUUUAAUUGUAUUGUGCUAUUGUAUUUAUGUAUGUAUGUAUGUAUGUAUGUAUGUAUGUAUUUGUUUGUUUCAGAAUGGGGUCAGCAACUUUUUUCAUGUCCUUAUCUCUUGAGAUGAUGAAAACGACUGGGCCAGUGUGUUAAAUGUUUUGUAAUGAAUAAUUUUGUGAAUGCCUUUAAACAUUUUUUAAUAUAUUUAUCAUGUAUUUAUUGACGUUUGUUUGUAAAAUCUUAACUAUGUUGUUCUCAUCUAUUUAGAUGAGAAUGGCAUGUGUAAGAUAUAAUGUAAGCUGCAAUGUAAUAGCUAAGCUCAUGUAAGAAUUACAUGAGCUAAGCUAAGCUUACGUAAGUUAUCAUGUAAUUAAUUAAUGUAAUUGUAUUUUUUAUUGUGUGUUUUUUUUGUUUGUUUUGUUUUUUUUCUGCUGGGUUUUUGUCACUACAUUAGCUAUGCUAAUCUUUGCUAAUAUAGUGUAGGAGUGUCAGGGAGGAAGCUGAACGUCAGUUGAGAUGCAGACCAAGCUGCAUGUCAAACCAGGUGCAUAACAAAGAUGAUCCAGUGAGAAGGACCCUCUCUCCAGUGAAGACAACAACCCAGAAGAAAAUAAGGGAAGUAAUAUUUCAUCAAAUUCUCAGCUUUCACUUCAGAUGUUUACAUCAGUCUUUGAAAUCUGUAACUAAUUCAUGUCUUUUAAAUCUGCAAAACAUUUAUACAGGCUACAGGAAGAAGACCUCCAGAGGACUGCAGCAACAAUAAUACUACGGGAAGAAGACCUCCAGAUGACUGCAGCAACAAUAAGGGAAGUAAUACUGUUUUCUCUUCAAAUGUUUACGUGAUGAUUUUGAACUAAUUCUUGUCUCACUCUCCACUUCAGAUGUCAACCCAGCAGCAGAGAAGUAAAGGAGAUUUAAAGGGGACAUAUUAUGCAAAACCCACUUUUUCCUUGCUUUACUAUGUAUAAUUGCAUAUCCGGAGUGCCUCCCGACCCCUUAAGAGUGAUUUAGGACCUCUACGUCAAUGUUUUGUAAAUAGGCGGAGUCAGGAAAUGUGUCUCUAAAAGAGCCAUUUGGAUUUCACCCACACACUUACGUAACAGUGCGGGUGAUUUGAAUGCUCCCGCCCUCACGCUGGAUAUCUCCUCCCGUAUUACUCCAGCUACCUGAAGGAGAAUCCGCCAUUUUCUCGCUUCACUUGUAUGCGGCAGCCUGACCGCAACCAUGUGCAAUCCGAAAGCCAAGCACUCCUGCUCUGUCGUCAGAUGCACGGACACUCAUGUUUCCCUACAUCGCCUCCCUACCAAAGAGGAUAUCAGAGCAAAGUGGCUAAAUUUUAUUUUUCAGGGAAACGUCCCAGCUUCACUGAGCAAAAGCGUUGUUGUUUGUGCCAGUCACUUCACACCGGACUGUUCCAGCAACCAGGGUCAGUAUCAGGCUGGACUGGAAACAAAAUUGUUCCUCUAAGAUGGAUCUAUACCCACUGUCCGUGGCAACGCCACAGAAGAAGAAACUGUUAAGUAUUUUUAAAAACAGUGUUGUUUGUGUUACUUUGGCUGUUUAGCACAUGAGCUAACGCUAACUGGUGAUGUAAAUAUGACGCUGAGCUAACGUUACAACAGUGGCUUACUGGUCUUAGGAUUCACGGUAAUGUUAAUGUUGCCAAACCUUGAUUUGUCAUAUCAGCACUCAUAAGAGUGAACUGAGAAAUUGAAUUGGGAUAUUGAGAUUUGAUCGCUUCUAACCGGCCGGUGAACCACUGAAGUGUUGUCCACGGACGACGAGCUAGCUAGCGCUGCUCGGCCGUGAACAGCGCGAGCUAGCCAUC